UUCGGUCCCUAGGGACCUGUAGGAGUCACUGCCCCUUUCAAGCUUGAGCUGGGCCAGGCGAACCCUGACCCACCCACCUCACCUUUUGUGGGGAAGACUAGCAUUUCCUGCUUCCUGGCCUUGGAAGGGAGUGACUGAGCUGGGGAGUCUGAGCAGCCGCAGGGAGGGGACCUGCAUGCCCAGUACAGCUCCUACGCCAUGGAUCGCGGCCAAACUAGCCUAGAGCCCCAGGCCAAGGGCCCAUGCGUGAUCGCGCCGGUGCGCGCUGUGCUCCGUCUGCGCCGCCGCGUCUGCGUCCUGCGCAAGAGGCGCCUGUUGCAGCUAGGCACCGAACCUGACACUGGGACAGGGGCACUCGGGUCCAGCGGCAGUUCCGGGGCUCUGCGUGCGGACCUAGACCAACCUAAAUUCUUCACGUUCGACAGCCUGACGGAGUUGUCUUCCAGGACGCCCCGCAAGAAGCGUAGGCGGCGUAGUCGGGUAGUGCUCUACCCCGAAACCUCACGGAAGUACCGACCCCGCACAGAGCGCCAGAGCCGUGCACAGCGUUGUCUGCUGCUGCUUGUAGCCAUCGUGGGAUUCCAGGUUCUUAACGCCAUCGAGAAUCUGGACGAUAACGCACAACGUUAUGACCUCGAUGGACUGGAGAAGGUACUGCGGCGUUCUGUGUUUGGUCAGCCAGCUGCUGUGGGCCGCAUCAUGGCCCUGCUGCGGGACUACCUGGCUACACAUGUUCACAGUCAUCCCUUGCUCCUGGCUCUGCAUGGUCCCAGUGGUGUAGGCAAGAGUCACGUGGGGCGCCUGCUGGCACGCCACUUCCAGGCAGUGCUGGAGGAUGGCGCGUUGGUGCUGCAGUACCAUGUACGGCAUCACUGUCCAGAGCUGCGCCCGGUUCAGGACUGCCGGAAGGAGCUGGCACAGCGUGUGGCGGAUGUGGUGGCGCAGGCUGAGGCCGAGGAGAAGACCCCUCUCUUGGUCCUGGAUGAGGCUGAACUCUUGCCACCUGCGCUGCUGGAUGAGCUGCACGGUCUCCUGCAGCCACAGCGUUCGCACCAUUUCCACAACGCUAUCUACGUACUCCUGAGUGGCGCCGGUGGUAUAGAGAUCACACAGUUUGUGCUGCGGAACGCAUCGCGUAUGUUGCCCCCACACCUCCACAGUGCAGGCAACACUCAGACUGAGGAGGAGUUACACUCCAGUCUCCGGGAGCUCCUGGCCCGGGAACACCCUCUGUGGAACACUGCCGCCAUCGUGCCCUUCCUGCUACUAGACAAGCCAGAUGUGGUCAACUGCUUCCGAGAGGAGAUGGCAGGGGAGGGCUUUUUUCCCGAGCAAGCGCUGGCAGAGCAGCUGGCAGAGCAGCUCAGCUACUACCAAGUCGCUGGACAUGAAUUUGCCAUCACUGGCUGCAAGCAGGUCGUAGCUAAGGUCAACCUCUUGCAGCACAAGCCUGCAAGGGCUGAACCCUAGCCAGUGGCCCCAGGUAUUUGAACUGUUGAAGAAAACAGGAAGAAUGUCAGGUGAUUUGUGGCCUCCAAGCUGUUUCACUCCCCGUUAUCCCUUGAAUGCCUCUUUAACUUAGAGGCCCCAAGACGGGGGAUGCUUGUCCAGGCCCUCCUGAGAAGCCAGUGGGGUGGAUAGAUGUCUACAAGCCAGUGAAUGGAUCCAGUGGGACCCCUCAAAUGUUGCGGAUCGCUGAGCGGUGGUGGCGCACGCCUUUAAUCCCAGCACUCGGGAGGCAGAGGCAGGUAGAUCUCUGUGAGUUUGAGGUCAGCCUGGUCUACAGAGUGAGUUCCAGGAUCAGCUAGCUCCAAAGCUACAUAGAGAAACCAACCAACCAACCAACCACCAAACAAACAAACAAAUAAAUAAAACUUUUAAAAAAUGUUGUGGAUCAAGAACUCGGUUAAAAAAAAAAAAAAGAACUUCAUUGAAUGUGGAUUAAGUGGAGACCCAGCUCUGUUUGCUCCAGAGAGGCAUUCAGAAUGACCUUGGGAUCAGCUAUAGGGUUCAGGGUCGAGCUCACCAGAAGUCAGAGAGGAGAAACAUCUCCAGGGGGGUGAUGUGUCCCCACCCACCUUAGGGAGACCUGCUGGAAAACCACCCAAGUUCAGGCUUCCCUAGAAAGGGUCACUGGAGUCUGUCCUAGUGCGAGGGACUCACUCCUUCCACCUGGCCCCUUCUUUCCUGUCACAGCUCUGGAGUGACAAACCUCUGAGUCAAACAAUGGCAGCAGUGAAAGUGAACAGGGCCUCGAGGCUUCUGUUUGCCGGAAACAUCAGGCAUGCAUGAGGCCCAGUGGGGUGAGGUGGGGAGCAGCUCAGGCUCUCAGCCGGACCCAGGGGAUGGCCAAAGGCAUCGAGGCCUCUGUCUGCCUGUGCCUGGCUGGAUGCGGAGACCUCCUUUCCUUGAGAGUGGAGCUGUCUGUGUGUCACAGGUACACGUGGGAGAGGUCCCUAUAGCCUUCGGUGUCCCAGGUUCAGGCCUCUCAACCCCAUCACAUGCCCAAGUGCAAGGAGCUGUGGAAUUUUCUCGGUGUGAGGCUCCUUAGAGUUCUGGCAACUUCUGCGCUGCCCCCUGGUGGCUGCACCCAGCCCUUGCCUGCCAACGUUCAUCACUGUGGGUUAGGAAAAGGCACAUCUAAAAGUGGGGCUUGAGCGCACCGCAAGGGAUAACACUAGAAGAGGUUAGAGAGUAGGAGCCCCUCCAGGGGGUGGUGUAUCCUCCCCCAUCCUGAGGAGACCUGCUAGGAAACCACCCAAGCUCGGGGUGCAACCGGAUGCAGAGGUAGGGAAUCCAAGAGGUUCACCAUCCAUCCACCUUAGUUCACCUGCUUAGCCACAGCGAAGGUAGAGGCUCUUGCUCUGCCUCAGACCUCUGUGUUGAUACUUCAAGGAGUGUGUGUGUGACUUCCUGAGUGGGGGAGCUAGCCAGUCCUUGCAGAAUGAUGCGGGGGUCCUCAGCACUCCCCGAGA